AUGUGACUCCGCACGCGACGCGUUCCACGAUGAACAUCGUAUCGAGAAGCGACAUUUCGAUUCUCGAAAUAUCGAACAAGAUGGCGCACAAACGUAUUUCCGCAAUAGCGGCGGAAGUAACGGCACGGCCAUAACUGGACUAACCUUUUUAGGUUGGGUUUAUUGGCAGCACGUUGUCACGAACAAUAAAACAUCAUGCAGAUUUUCGUGAAAACCCUCACUGGUAAGACCAUCACUCUCGAGGUCGAAGCCUCUGAUACCAUUGAAAAUGUGAAAGCUAAGAUCCAGGAUAAAGAGGGAAUCCCACCAGAUCAGCAACGACUUAUCUUUGCUGGCAAACAAUUAGAAGAUGGACGUACUCUCUCUGAUUAUAACAUUCAAAAAGAAUCCACUCUCCAUCUCGUACUACGUCUCCGAGGAGGUGUAAUUGAGCCUACUUUGCGUAUAUUGGCACAAAAAUACAAUUGUGACAAAAUGAUCUGUCGCAAAUGUUAUGCUCGUCUUCAUCCUAGAGCAACUAAUUGCCGUAAGAAAAAGUGUGGACACACAAAUAACAUUCGGCCAAAGAAGAAGUUGAAGUAAGCUAAACACUCAAGUUCUAUUUCUAUGUUAUGGAAAUGGAAAUAUAUAUUUCUUAUGUCUGGCUUAUCAUCAAUAAAGAUUGAUUGAUAAAUUGA